CCCUUUCUCUCCUCGUGAGGCGUUUCUAUCGAUUGGUAUUUGUUACGCAUAGAUAAAUUUAUAAUUUUUCUAAUUGAAAAUGGGAGAUAGAGAAAUACAAGGGGAGAUUUAUUUACGCAAAUUACAGGGGUGCUAUGUAAUUUUACCAAAAUUUAACCAAAAAAAAUAGUGACAACUUUUACUCACCGUCACUCUCUUCGCUUCGAAGGAGAGAGACGCCUCAGCUCGGUCUUCGGGUCUAUACUGUCCGCGUAACUGUUGACCAAUUACCUUUUACACAAAGAAAUGAUGGGUCUAGGGUCUUUGGGUAAUGGAGGAUCGACAUCAUCGUCUUCCAAUUUAUCGGCUUUAGCACCGCCUUUUACUGUUGAUAGAUCUAAUCCCAAACCCAUGUCUAACCCACUCGUGAAUUUCACCGAACCACCUUAUGCUGUGCCAUUCAAUUCUUCAUCACAGUAUUGGUCAAAUUCAUACUCUUCAGCUUCUAGACCUGAUUUCUUUUCGAAUGUAAAUCCAGAAGUCGAUUCGAUACGGACCACUUGUGUUGCUUCAGUGACUAGUUUUGGGUUUUCAGGAUCUCAAUCUAUCAACUCACCAAGUGCCAAUUGGUCUCCUUUAAACCCUAGUGCUAAAGAUGCAAUUGAUGUUUCAUAUCUUCGAUAUUCAGGCGACAUACCGACUAGUCUUGUUGAAUCUAAACCAUUUUAUCCCCCAUAUGUCUCACCCGUGGUUGACCAUGAUACUCCUUUGUUGGCCCUUAAUGAACCUAGUUUUGAUUUGUUGCCUAUGUCCCAUGUUGUCCCCUCGGAUGUACCCUCUCAAGUUGAUUAUACACGAAGCUUGUCUGGUCUGGAGUAUACACCACACUGGGGUGGCAUUUGGAAUGGAUUGGCUAAUGAGGAGCAUGGUAAAAGGGUAGAGCUUGAAAGGAAUUUCUGCUCGGAGGAGAUGAACAUUGCUGGUUCAUAUGUUUACAGUAAUUAUAUGGAGCAAGGAGCUCAUAUAGCUGAGAGCUUGAGCAAAUGUGAAGAUGAUUCUGCCAUUUUACACAGCAAAUAUGUUGAUAUUCUGGAAAGAGAAAACCAUAGUGUACCUCUAAGCACUGAACAAUUGGAUGAUAAAUCAUUUUUAGCACAAAAUCCCAUGUUCAAUGCUGCAGGAUCCUCAAGAACAUCAAUCUUGGGUGCUACUUCAGUAUUUCCAGAAUCUCAUCCGCAAGUACCAUCCCUCGAGUCAGCCUCAAAAUCCUGGAACUUUCAAAAGCCACACGUUCCUUCACAUGAGAAAUGCUUCCAACUGCUUGAUUCUUGCAUGAAUGAUUGCAUAUUAGUGACAAAAUCUUCUCCUGCACUGGUCAUUAGACCACCUGCCACUGGCACCAUUUCAGUACCAAGUAGGAUUCUAUCUGAUAAUGUGAAUUUUAUUGGCAAUAUUGCUGCAGUCAACACUGAGGAGUUUGAUGAUCAUAAUACAUCAAAGAGAAAAGAGGCUCAUCUGUCACUGAGUUCUGAAGGGAAAGAAAGAUGCUUGGAUACAAGCCAAGUCAGCUUCUAUCUGGGAGGAAAUGACUCCUUUUUUGCUGCAUCCUCAACCAAAAAAGAAGAGCUACCAAACAGGUUGGUUGGCAAGGAUGUUUUGGACCAUACGUUCAAACCUAGAUCUGAAUUUCAAGUUCCUGAUAUAAAUGCCCCAGAUGGCUUUGUUUUGGCAGUUGAUAGUGCUAAAAAUGUUGGUUCAGUUGAGAAUUCUUCUGAGAGUUUAGAUCAUCAUAAUCCUGCUGUCGAUUCACCCUGCUGGAAAGGAGCUCCAUCUUCUUAUUUUUCUCCAUUUGAGGAGUCUAAAGCAGUAACUCCACAGCAUGUUAUGAGGACAUUAGAAACAUCCAGUAAUUUGAAUCUUCAAGGGACUCAGGUUCUAUCUCCCUAUGCUGAUGAUUGUGUAAAAGUCUCGUCUCAGAAACUAUGUGAGAGUAGUGCUCUCCAUGAGAUUGGGUGCAAGAAAAAUCAUUCAUCACUUUUGGCGAACAGAUCUUCAAAUUUUUAUUCUGCUGCUCAAGAACACAGGUCCGAUGAUGCUGUGAAAGUGGGACUGGAUUGUCCAAAACUAAGCAGUAGCUGUAGAGUUCAAUUUUCAAAUGACAUUGACAAACCCAGAAAGGAAUAUGACCUACUUAAUUACUCAAGUUGUGAUUCUGACUUUAAUCCUUCUCAAACCAAGCAACAGGAACUUGAAGAGCGUGUCAAAGUAUGGGCUGGUGUGGCGGACACUCGGAUGAAUACCAAUAAUGCUUUGGAAUAUGGUUGUGUGCCACUCCAUGCUACUAUGGAUAAUGUCUCAUGUUUGCCUUCUGGGGAAGAUGCUAGUAGGCUGGCAAAACUGCAUGAGGGAGAAUCAGCUCCAAAAAUGAAUGUUCAGAUGCUAGUUAAAGCAAUGCAUAACCUUUCAGAAUUACUUCUCUGUCAUUGCUCAAAUGAUACAUCUGCACUGAAUGAACAAGAUCACGAAGCCCUCAAGCAUGCAAUCAACAAUCUUGAUGCAUGUUUAUCAAAGAAGAAUAGACGAAUGACUCCCACACGAGAAUCAUUCUCUCCCCAGCAAAGCAUUUCUCAAAAACUUGGAGUGUUACCUGAUCUUCACAAGGCAUCCAGUGCAAGCAAGCCUAAGGUGACGGGAGAAGCAGCUGCUAAUUCUCAUGGUCAGAUUAAAUUUCAGCGUAUGCACAAGGAGAAGAGGAAUCAUAACGCUGCUGGUAAGAAAGUUAACAGAUUUCCAGAUUUUCUCUCUUUAAGGGAUGACGCAGACAUUGUGAGAGAUGAUAGCAUGGUACAGGCUAUAAAGAAGGUUUUGAAUGAGAAUUUUUGUGGUGAGGAAGAAAUGCAAACACAGACACUCUUGUAUAAGAAUCUGUGGCUUGAGGCAGAAGCUGCAUUAUGUGCCAUCAAUUAUAGAGCUCGCUUUGAUCGUACGAAGAUUGAGAUGGAGAAAUGCAAUUCGCUCAAAGCAAAAGGUGUAUUAGAAGAUACCGGGCCCAUAGAGAAAUCUUCUCAUCCAAACAUAGCUGACAAGCUUACAACUGAGGCUAGAGAUUGCCAGAUCCCGGAUAUCUCCUUCCUAGAAUCCCCUAAUUCAAGCACAACCAGCCAUGUUGAUGAUGUUGAGACUUCCGUGAUGGCCACAUUUCAAAUCCUAAAAGGCCACAGUGAGAGCUCAAGUUCUGGGAUUAUGGAAGAAAAACAACUGCCCAAGGAGGUUGAUGCUGGAUGUACAGACGAUGUUGAGGCUUCCGUGAUGGCCAGAUUUCAAAUCCUAAAAUGCCGUGGUGAGAACUCAAGUUCUGGGAUUAUGGAAGAAAAACAACUGCCCAUGGAGGUUGAUGCUGGAUUUACGGACGAUGUUGAGGGUUCCGCAAUGGCCAGAUUUCAAAUCCUAAAAUGCCGUGGUGAGAACUCAAGUUCUGGGAUUAUGGAAGAAGAACAACUGCCCAAGGAGGUUGAUACUGGAUUUACGGUUAACAUAACUCGCUGGCCAUUUAUUGGAGUCGAAUCAGAGGGUGGACGUUCUGACGUUGGUUUGGGACCUCAAUUGAAGCAUCACACUGGCGAUGUUAGUGAAACAUUUGGCCCAUUUGUAGGUAGUUCUGAUCAUGAAACCGUGAAAGCUGUCACAGAUGAUCUAGUGAUCCAAUCUUGUAGAAACAGCAAGCAGUGGAAUCAGCUUCCUUCAGUGUGGAAUGAUACCGCGUCAUCUGACUGGGAACAUGUACUGAAGGACGAGUUUGCAUGGAAGAACUGAUCAUGGACCUCAAUUUGGAAUCUGAAUCCUCAGAGUUCGUGAUUUGUAGGUGAUUUCAUGGCAGCAGGCCAUCACAUUAUCUGUCAGUGGCUUGCGUUUCCGAAUAUGAGGCCUAUUAAUUCAUACACGGCCUAUUUAUGAUCUGGGCAUCUUCCCUAAAGAAGCGAAACGAAACCAAAGUUCAUGUUCGGUUCUGAAUUAGAGAGUAAAAAUACUGAAUCGCGGGUAGAACAUCUAGCCUUCCAAGCUAACGAUGCUGGUUCGUUUUCCGGUACCCGCUCUAUAUCCUUUAGUAUAUAUCUAUGUCCGGAAGUACCGGAGGAUGUUCUUUUGCUGGCUGAUAUUUUCACCAUUAUUCGAUACACCCUCUGCUAUUCGAUACACCCUCUGCUUCUUACAUUCAGUGAAUCGUGGGAACAAUGAAGAAUAUCCAGAAAAGCAUUUCAGGAAUCGGCAAUUCUACUUGAUGCACAGCUAGUACUAGUACACCUACGAAUUCUUUUUAUUUGAUGCAAUAUCACAUCUGUAAUUUAAUGAUUUUUUAACCAAGCUAGAUUAUCUCAGUCGUAC